UCGUGGGCAAGAUCCGCUUGGCAUAUCUCUAAGUAACGUAGUAAAAUAUGGCGGUCAACGCGAGGUAACGCACCAGUUAGGUACAUAAAAAUAAAAACUAAGCAAGUGCUGCCAAUGGGACACGCAUUUAGGGCUUUGGGCCAAUCGGUGGACCUUUUCGAGGCAAGUCACGGACCCGAGAAAAUCUUUUUAGCUGACGUUCAUGAUGAAACUUCUAGCCUGUCUAUCUCUAGUUCUACUGAUCCAGUCUGCUAUAGGAUCUCAAGAUGAUUCCUAUGAAAGCGCAGAUUUUCUCGACUCCGACGAUAUUGUUUAUAGUGAUUUCCCUAGAUCGACCAGGAACGACAAAUUUUUACGAUUUGGUCGUAACCAUAUGAAAUACGACGAUAACAACGAGCCCUCACAUGAAGACGAUAUUUUUCGACCAACUAGAGGUGGUGGUAUUGAGAAAAACGACCAAUUCAUUAGAUUUGGUCGGAGUCGUCAGGAUCUGUUACGAUUCGGUUUGCAACCUCAACAACGGACGGCAAGAAACAAAACUGCUUUUUUAAGGUUUGGUCGUUCCAAACGUCAAGCAAUUCCGGAACACCUAAAGAGGAGGGAGAAUUUUCUUCGAUUUGGCAGAAGUUCCAACUUUAUGCGUUUCGGUAGAAGAGAACUGUCGGUCAUAGAAGAUGCCAAAUCACAACGUUUCGAGAAAUUGCGAAAACUGAUCGACGCGCUCAGAAGGCUAGACUGUUCUCACAAAGAAUGCAUACCGACCGUACCGCCAGCUGCGAAUUAAAUGGAUGUUUUAAAUGUUAGUAAUAACGGGGAACUUUUAAUAAAUUUUUGGUAUAGAUAUAAUACUGACUGUCCUGAACUAAAUGUGAAUAUUCAAAAUCCUUGUCGAGAUAAAUGAUGUAUCAACUAUUAAAUUGAUCAAAAUAUAUAUAUACUAAUAA